UUGGAAGUGGUCCAUUGAAAGGUUGCUAGCGCGACCUCCUGUGCUGUAGAAUGUAGUAUGGACCAUAGGACAGGACGAAGAAGUCCCGUUAAGAAGCUGUGGAGGCCUAAGAUGCUCUACUAGUCUGCUGGAAAUCAAAGAAGACGGUAGAGUAAAAAGCAAAAUGGCGUUUGACAGAGAAGGCCUAAACGUGGCCACUGGCCAUUAUUGUUUCUCUAUUUGUAUUUAGUGCAUACAUGUACGCAUAUAUGUCGUGUAGUAGAUGAAACAUUGUUAGUCAUUGUUUGUAUCCGGAUACAUUAGUCUGAGCGCACUUUAUGUGCUAGCUUAGCUUGCUAGUUAGCUUAGCUUGUUAGCUGCUAACAAAGAGACGCGGACGUUACCAACACAUCGCUAAGUAGAGAUCAAAUGUGAGUGUAAAGUGUUGGGAUUGUGUGAAAAUGUGCGAAAGAACGAUAGCAAAGUAUGAGGAGGAACUUUGUCCAACAAAAGAGGAGAAGGAGCGACAACAUCAACUACAGGACGCUGUUUUCAAGAAACAUCAAGUUGUGUUACACAGAACAGAUGCCCAGCAGCCCCCCCACUUUAAAGAGGAAGAGGAGGAUCCACAGCCCCCCCACAUGAAAGAGGAAGAGGAGGAAGUGUGGAUCACUCAGGAGGGAGAGUGUCUUCUCGGGCAGGAGGAGGAUGAUCUCACCAAGUUUCCACUGACUGUUGUCUCUGUGAAGACUGAAGAGCAUGAAGACAAACCACCUGAGUCCUCACAGCUUCAUCACAGUCCAAAUGUCUGUGAAGAACAACUUCUGCAUGAAAAACAGGAGUGUAGCUUCGGGAUGGAGAAGGAGGAUCCAUCAAAGAGGAAGACCAGGCACCACGGACCCUCUGGCGUCUCCUUUUCCUCUUUAACACAGACCCUUCCCUGUAAAAAGGAAGAGGAAAACUCACAGACCCCCCACAUUAAAGUGGAAGAGGAGGAACACAGCAUCAGUCAGGAGGGAGAGCAUCUAGAAGGACUGGUGGAGUUCCCAGUGACUGGUGUCCCUGUGAAGAGUGAAGAUGAUGAGGUCAAAGGUGAAAGUGAGGAGAAGAGAGAGGCGGAGCCUCCAAGCAGCAGCUCAACACAACACAUGACAACAGAAGCUGAUGGAGACCACUGUGGAGGAUCACAAGCAGACAAGCUCUUAGCUCCACUAUCAGAUAGUGAGGACACAACGUCACACUCUCCUGACACUGAUGAUGAAGACUCUAAAGAUGAUAAGACAUGUCACACUGACAACACUCACUUGAAAUGUUCUCACUGUGACAAAACCUUUAAAUAUUCUAGUCAUCUUAAGGUACACAUGAGAAUGCACACCGGAGAAAAACCUUUUCCCUGCUCAGAUUGUGGUAAAUGUUUUUCACGAAGAAAUGGACUGAGUGAACACAUGCAAACACACACUAAAGAAAAACUUUUUUCUUGUUCAGUGUGCGGAAAAAGUUUUACACAAAGACAGUGUUUAAAAAAACACACAAGAUUACACACUGAGGAGAAACCUUUUACCUGUGCAUUCUGUGGCAAAGGUUUUGUAUUAAGUGAAUAUUUGAAAGUACACAUGAGGACACACACUGGGGACAAACCGUAUUACUGUUCAUUCUGCGGUAAAGGUUUUGCGCAAAGUCAAACUUUUAAAGUACACUUGAGAAAACACACUGGUGAAAAACCAUAUCCCUGUUCAAGCUGCAACAGAAGCUUUGCUGACAGGGCAAAACUUUUAAUACAUACAAGAACACACACUGGAGAAAAACCUUUUUCCUGUUCAGUCUGCCACAGAAGCUUUUGUGAACGAUCAAAGCUUGUAAGACACAUGAGAACACACACCGGAGAGAAAGUGUUGAGUUGCAGUGUGUGUGGUGAAAGAUUCUCUUAUAAGUACCAGUUGGACAAACACAAGUGUGCUGGUGAUUCUAAAUAAGCUGUCAAGACUUUUAACUUUUGACUUUGUAACAACAAGAGCAUAUAAGAGCAUAUAUAACAUGUGUGACGUCGUUGUUGUGUGUUGUUAAUGUGCAUUUAUAGAUUAGAUAUUUUAGAUUGGUGAUUUUUUCCCCCCGAGUCAAGUACAUGCAUUAAUAUACAACGUUGUGUACUUUAAUUUAAAAAUGGACAGAACAAUUUGACUUUAAAGGUAAGAGUAAUCAGCAAAAAACAUAUGUUACAUAAAAUAAACAUUUUACGUGCAUAAAGAUAUUCAUCAUUCACUUACAUCCGUGUACUGUAGGUUUUUGAAAUAAUGAAGUGUUACAUAUUUUUAUUUCUAAUAAAUGAUUCCAAAGAUCAAUUUUUCUCAAACUACUACAUCAAUGAAACAUUUGAUUAAAGUACAGUGUUUUAUGUCGCUAUAAUUCAAACACAGUGUUACUGUUUGAACUGUGUAAUAUUACAAUGGCCAAACAUUUUUAAUAAAUCUACUUGUUAAAUAAAACUUCUGCCUCGUUUUUAAAUGAAAACUGUUGCCUACUAUGGUACUGUUUUUUAAUGUUGGUCAUUUUGGUGGUACUUGGAGAGCCAGGUUUUUUCUGAGUUCAUGGGAAAAAAGUUUAAAAACCACUGCAAGUCAAGUGCUGCAGCAGCGCCACAUGUUGUAGUAUUAUAUAUGCAUUCUGUAGUAAUAUAGUUACACAAUUUAGUUCCAAAUAUGUAUACUUUUGUACUAUAUACACGUACUGUAGUACUAUAUCAUAUUUACUACACUAUAUAUAUAUAUAGUGUAGUACUACAGUAAUAUAUGUACCGUAGUACUAUAAAACCACACUCUAGUACAGUAUAUAUAUAUCCUAGUAAUAUAUGCACAUCAAAUAGUACCAUAUAUAUUUACUGCAGUAGUAUAUACUAGUGAUGGGUUGAGGCGUCAUGAAGCGUUUCAACACAUUGCAAAACUGUAUUGAUACUGUGUCAAUACUGUGUCACUAAAUACUGACAUCUGCUGGACAUUAAAAAUCCCUACAGGCAACCUAUGGACCGACUCAACUGACACUGAUUUUAUGACCUAGUAUAUACAAUAAUAUAAACCAAGUCAUUGUAUUUCAUUUUCAGAAUUAUUUCAUAUCUUAAUUUAAAUAAAAAUAUAUUUUUAUCUUUUUUAGAUACAGUCAAUAAAUAACGUGAACAUGUAUCAUAACAGAGAGGGGUGCUCCACUAACCACGUUAAACCCAGAUUCCGAACUAACAAAGGUCUUAACUCAUUCUCUUUCUAUGCCACAUCAAUGUGAAAUGCGCUCCCAACAGGUAUAAAAGAAAGGGCAUCUCUAUCCUCCUUCAAAACCGCAAUAAAAGUUCACCUCCAGGCAGCUACAACCCUAAACUAACACCCUCCCCGGAUUGCUAAUAAUCAAAUGCAGAUACUUUUUCUUUUUCUUAUGCCUUCUGAUCUCUCUCUCUCUCUCGCUCUCUCUCGCUCUCUCUCUAUGGCCACUACUUGAUGUCCAUA